AAACGACCUCGGAGAGUACUCAUACCUGGUUCCUGGUGGCAGGCGUGUACCGCAGGGUCAUUUGCGGUAUAUUUCACUGCCCUACUGAUUGUGAAACAAUUGGUCACGCUCGCGAUUGCCUUUGACGUUGCACCGCCACAACAUGUCGCACUCAUUUUUCUGUCCCUCGACUGCCCGUCAUCUUCUUACUCGAUGGGGAUCAUGAAAGACUUGCAUUCUCCCCGCCGGUAAAUGUCUGUUGUCUGACAUCCGAGCUCCGACGAAGCACCUCCAACGACAUUCACUCCCUUGACACCGUGUGAGAGGGCUGGAGGCUUACUUCGCCCGCGCACAAUUUCCGCAUUCCUCUGAUUCCGGCUUGGCUGGACCGGAAAAGGCAUAGCAGGAAUCGAAAUCGGAUGUCCUGGGAGCGAUUAGGAUUGCACACGCCCUGUCUUCCUCUUCCUUUUCCUCUCAGUCUUCCUCUCGCUCACCAUGGACGUCGUCCUGGCACUCGCCUGCACAGCCGCCCUGACGGCGCUCAUCUGGUGCCAGCGCCGACUGCGCGCCCGACGACUCGGCGCUCCGCACCCGCUGCACGCCGUGCCGGGGCCUGCGGCCGACACGUUUCUCGCGGGCAACCUCGCGCGUCUGCACGGGCCUGAUGGGUGGGACUUCCACGCGCAGCUGGAGAGGGACUUCCGCCCCGGGGUGGUGAAGAUACAUGGGCUCGCCGGGAGCCUGCAGCUGUACGUGUACGACCCGGUCGCCCUGCACUCGAUCCUCGUCAAGGACGCCGAGUCGUACGAGGAGGGCCUGGUGUUCCUCAGCCUUACUCGUGUCCUGUUCGGGACGGGCAUCUUGUCGACUACGGGCGCAACCCAUCGGCGUCACAGGAAGAUUAUGAUGCCGGCGUUCUCGCCGAAGCAUCUGCGUGGGAUGGUGCCGGCGUUGUACGAGGUGGCGUGCAGGCUUCGCGAUGGACUGGUGAUCCCUCAGAUCAAGGACGGCGUGUCGUCCGAGAUCGACCUCUACCCCUGCCUCAGCCGCGUAUCGCUCGAAUUUAUCGGCCGCGCGGGUGCAGACCACUCAUUCGACCCCCUGUCGUCCAUCGAGGAUCCAACCGACAACUACACCCGCUCGCUCAAGGCCAUCACCCCAUGCGUCCACAAACUCGCUGUCCUGCUGCCCUUCGUCCCGCUGCUCGCGAAUCGGGUGUCGCCUUGGCUCCGGCGGGCGCUGAUCCGUGUCGUGCCGAGACAAACGAGUCUGGGAACGCUGUGUGAUGCGGUCAGGGUGACCGAUCGGCGAGCGACGGAACUUGUUCACCGAGCGCGGGAAGGCGCGAGCCAGGAGCACAGGCAUGACGUUCUCAGUCUCCUCAUGCAAGACACGGAAGACGAUGAAUCGCCGCUGAUGACAGAGGAACUGGUUGCCCAGAUAUCGAUGAUCGUGCAAGCGGGGACAGAUACGACAUCUUCGGCGUUGAACCGCGUCAUCCUCGUUCUUGCGCUGAACCCCGAGAUUCAAGAGCGACUUCGAGCCGAGCUGCUGCGCCACGACGAGCGCAUGGACCACGACGUCCUCGUACAACUGCCGUAUCUCGACGCGGUCGUGCGUGAGACGCUGAGGCUAUACCCGCCCAUCACUGCUAUGUCGCGCACCACCACGCGUGAAUGCAUUCUCCCGCUAUCCGAACCCCUUACCGACACGCGCGGACAGAAGAUGAACCAGAUUCGGGUCCCGCAGGGCACGGAUGUCUACAUCGCCAUCGCCGGCGCCAACCAUAACCCGGCUGUCUGGGGCCACGACGCUCUGGAGUUCAAUCCCGAGCGCUGGCUCGUGCCCGGAUCUGAACCAUCAUCCAAGUGGCCGUCGUCCGGGGUCUUCGGGGACAUGAUGACGUUUCUGGGAGGGAACAGGAGCUGUAUCGGAUUCCGAUUCGCCCAAUUGGAGAUCAAGAUUGUCCUGGCUGUGCUCCUUCGCUCGUUCAAGCUGUCUGUGUCACAUCCACAGCGGAUCUCCUGGAAGAUGGGCUCUCCAGCCGAGCCUAUGGUGGAUGGGAAAGCGGCGCUGCCGAUUGUCGUGGAGAGGUUAUAUUAGAUGCGCGUAGAAAUCGGACUUAUACCUAGGCACAUCCGCUUUAUCUAUUUUACUCAAGCCGCGAGUGUUCAUGAAACUCCCGGUGUCCUUAUCGAUCAGUUGUGGAUCCUCA